GGCUUUCUUCUGGCUGGUGUCACUGCUGCUCUCCUCCCUCGUCUGGUUCAUCGCGGUUAAAGCAAGCGACCCCCGGGAUGAGCCAUUGCAGAAGGGGCUCUUGAUCUUUGGGGUGAUGUUCUCUGUGCUGCUGCAGGAGACUUUCCGCUUCCUCUACUACAAGCUCCUCAGGAAGGCAAUCGAAGGGCUCGUGGCCCUCAGCGAGGAUGGCUGCUCCCCCAUCUCCAUUCAGCAAAUGGCAUAUGUUGCUGGCGUGGGCUUUGGGCUCAUGAGCGGCGCCUUCUCCAUGAUCAAUCUCCUGGCAGAUGCCUUAGGGCCUGGCACUGUGGGCAUCCAUGGGGAUUCACAGCUCUACUUCCUGACCUCAGCUUUUAUGACCAUGGUGCUGGUUUUCCUUCACACCUUCUGGGGGAUCCUCUUCUUCCAUGGCUGUGAGCAUCGGCGCUGGUGGGAGAUCACUGCCGUUGUUGUCAUGCACCUUGCUGUCUCGGGGUCGACAUUUUGCAACCCGCUGUACGUUGGCAGCCUGGUGCCCUCCUACCUGCUGAUGGCCGCUGCUGCCACCUGGGCUUACCUGCUUUCUGGGGGAUCUGCCCAGAACCUGCGGCGCUUCCUGCUCUGUCUACGGAACGGAGCCAGCCCCCAGCCAGGAUCCUGA